CACCAAAGUACAAUACUCCAAGUGUAAUGAAACAUUCCAGUUGGAUCCAGAGACCAAUCCGACCUGAGGAAAUAAAGAGGCUGUCGUUUGAUUGUUGUGCUGAAGCUGACGGAACAUUGGCUGAAAGUGUAACUUGUGCUAUCUCACCCGGGGAAGGAGAAAAUAUUGAAGACAAACUUCAAGAAUGUCUACUACAGUUGGACAAAGGCGAUUGUGAUCCAGAGAUAAUCGCCGCCAAACUUGACUUGUACAGUUCGUCUUGCCCACACGCCUCUCAGAUAGCAAACUAUUGGCUGUGUCGUGCCAGGAUUGCUCAACAAGUAAAAGACUUUGAUCGGGUGGUGUGCCUGCUGGAGCAAGCCUUUGUCUUUAAAGCGCAGCCAGAGUCUAUGUUAAGAGAUGCCGUGCGCGCUUUUGUGAAUUUCAUGAAGGAAAAUUGUCAGCAAGAUGCAGCGGUUACCGAUGACAUGUAUCAGUUUCCAGUGUCACCUCCAAGAGAAACCAACAUCGAUAUGAACGAUGACAGUUGGUUAGAGGACCUCAGCUCUUCAGUUAUCAAGUUCUGCCUGACCGAAGCUACACCUUACAGAAAAAAGUUUAAGGCAACAUUCGGCAAGCCCGUGUUGACUCCAGUGCGCAGGUCUGUUCGUUUGGAGCAUGCUAGUGCCCAGCAUCCCUCGAUUGUCCAGGAACAUGGUCUGACCGUGAGAACACUGGGAGAACUUCCUGAGGAAAUUCAGCAGGACGUGUUGUUCAAGCUGAUAGCAUGUUACACGUACACGUAG